AUGUCUACUUCAACUAUGGAAGCUGGAUACUCGAGGCACAAGGCUGAGAGCCUAGUUGCAAUAGGGCGCACAACCGAUAAAACUUGGGAUUCACAGAAGGCAUCUGUGGGGCAGGAGGAAGUAUUGAAUCUGGAAUUAGAGCAGAAAGAUCUAGCUAGGGAUUAUGUAAUGGUGCUAAGUACUGAUGCACAGGGGUCUCCUUUGAGGUUAGGGAACAAAUAUAUCUCUCAAGAUAUUCUAUAUGCUCUCAUUAAGAGUAAGGAAUCGUCUCUAGAACUUGUUCCUCAAGAUUUUGUCGCUUUGGAUCCGAAGCCAUCAGGUGUUUCAGGUGAACAACCGUCUCCUAUAGUAACUCAACCGACGAUCGUUAUUCCUGAACAGAUCCCUGUUGUUAUAGAAUCUGCUCUGACCUCAACAAGCCAAGCUAUUUCUUCUUCAUUGUCCGAGCGGAUUCAAGUUUUAUUGGCAGAUGAAGAUCCGGACAAAGCUGCCCUCUGUGUUGACGUCCAAAGCUUCGUUCAUUUCUUAAACGCCAUGGUCGAUCGGAUUCUUCUUAAAGGUUCACCAUUUGAACUUUUCAGGAAGUCUCUCGAUCGCCAUGUAUCAGGAAUUAAAGAACAGGGGUGCACCGAAUUAUCUAACUCCAUAGAAGCUUAUUUGGUCGAUCUUAAACAACACAUUGAACAGUUACAGAACUUUCGAGUUGAUGGCGCACCUUCUUACAUCGCUUCCGAAAUGGACCUGAGGCUACAAGCAUGGCGUGAUUCUCAGAAAUCCGCUGAAUCCGAACUUCAAACACUGAAGACUCGCAUUGAUCAACUCCGGGUGAGUGCUGCCAAGAAAGCUCAAAUCAAGGUAGACCUGUAUCGUGAUUUGGAAUCACGUCGGACAGAGGUAGCCCAGUUAGAGAAACGACUUGCCGAAGCUAAGGAUGCUUGCGAAUUUUUGGAGUCUGAUCUAGCAGAAGUAACUCAAGCUGAGGUGGAUAUACUCCGGCAACUUAAUUUCCAGAACAAGACUUUUGAUGACAAAGAACAAGAGGUUGCCAGAAUUCAAAGUAUCGAUGAAAGAAAAUUUAAAGCCAAACUGAUACCUGAGCUCGAAUUGGCUUACGCGACAAAGCUUUCUAAAUUAGAAGAUGAAUUCCGUCAUUACAAAUUAUUGUAAUUUUGAAAACAUGCAUCUUUUCUUUUGUGCUGCUUUGCUUGAACUCUUUUGGUUAAUACAAUGAACUUUUCUUUUUUAUUGAGAUUUUAUUAUGAUUACUCAUUCUUGUUUAGAAUAAAUAGU